GACAACCACUACAAAAUAAAGUACAGCUGAAGGGGCGUGACCUUCUCACACUAAAGAAUUUUACAGGAGAAGAAAUUAAGUACAUGCUCUGGCUGUCAGCAGAUCUGAAAUUUAGGAUAAAACAGAAAGGAGAGUAUUUGCCUUUACUGCAAGGAAAGUCUUUAGGCAUGAUUUUUGAAAAAAGAAGUACUCGAACAAGGUUGUCCACUGAAACAGGUUUUGCACUCCUGGGAGGACACCCUUGUUUCCUUACCACACAAGAUAUUCAUUUGGGUGUAAAUGAAAGUCUCACUGACACAGCCCGAGUGCUGUCUAGCAUGACAGAUGCAGUGUUGGCACGAGUGUAUAGACAGUCAGAUCUGGACAUCCUGGCUAAAGAAGCAUCCAUCCCAAUCGUCAAUGGGCUGUCAGACUUGUACCAUCCUAUUCAGAUCCUGGCUGAUUACCUCACCCUCCAGGAACACUAUGGUUCUCUGAAAGGACUCACCCUCAGCUGGAUUGGAGAUGGCAACAACAUCCUACACUCCAUCAUGAUGAGUGCAGCGAAGUUUGGAAUGCACCUUCAGGCAGCUACACCAAAGGGUUAUGAGCCAGAUGCUAGCGUAACCAAGUUGGCAGAGCAGUAUGCCAAAGAGAAUGGUACCAAGCUGACACUGACGAAUGAUCCAUUGGAAGCGGCACGUGGAAGCAAUGUAUUAAUUACAGACACUUGGAUAAGCAUGGGACAAGAAGAGGAGAAGAAAAAGCGGCUCCAGGCUUUCCAAGGUUACCAGGUUACAAUGAAGACUGCUCAAGUUGCAGCCUCUGACUGGACAUUUUUACACUGCUUGCCCAGAAAACCAGAAGAAGUAGAUGAUGAAGUGUUUUAUUCUCCAAGGUCACUAGUGUUCCCUGAGGCUGAAAACAGAAAGUGGACAAUCAUGGCUGUCAUGGUGUCCUUGCUGACAGAUUACUCACCUCAGCUCCAGAAGCCAAAGUUUUAAUUCCAUGAUGCUUGUCAAAAGAGAAGUGAUGUUCUUCAGUAAUAGAAUGAGUCGAUUGAUGGAGGAAGAAGAGUAUGAGGGAAAAACAGAGUAACAAAUAAAUUUCUCAUACAUGGUCUGGGUGAAUUGUGUGAUAUUAUUUUGCCCUUCUGA